CCACUGUAGGUUAGAUGCAACAGUGCUGAACGCAGCCGCAGUUUGUCUGGUUCCUGUAUCACUCUCAGUCAAAAUAUAUCGGGGCUCCCUGUCCGACACAGCACUUGUGAGCUGGUUAGAAAACUCAGAAACAAAGUUACUCUUUAUAGUUAGGCUACUCUAAAUAAAGAAGGAAAAACAAGUCGAGUUAACGGGGAAUAAGCAAAAUGCCUGCAGUCUCUAAAGGGGAUGGGAUGCGUGGCCUGGCCGUGUUCAUCUCUGACAUCAGGAACUGUAAAAGUAAAGAGGCCGAGGUUAAGAGGAUAAACAAAGAACUGGCAAAUAUCCGUUCCAAAUUUAAAGGAGACAAGGCUCUGGACGGCUAUAGUAAAAAAAAGUAUGUCUGCAAGCUGCUCUUUAUCUUUCUUCUGGGCCAUGAUAUCGACUUUGGACACAUGGAGGCUGUCAACCUGCUCAGCUCCAACAAGUACACAGAGAAACAAAUUGGCUACCUGUUCAUCUCAGUGCUGGUGAACUCUAACAGUGACCUAAUCAGUCUAAUCAACAACGGCAUUAAGAAUGACCUGGCCAGCCGCAACCCCACCUUCAUGAACCUGGCCCUGCACUGCAUUGCUAAUGUGGGCAGCAGAGAAAUGGCUGAAGCUUUUGCUUCUCAAAUCCCCAGCAUCUUGGUGGCAGGGGACACAAUGGACAGCGUGAAGCAGAGUGCAGCACUGUGUCUGCUACGGCUCAACAGGACUUCUCCUGACCUAGUGCCAAUGGGUGAAUGGACAGCACGAGUGGUCCAUCUGCUUAAUGAUCAGCACCUGGGAGUGGUAACAGCAGCCGCCAGCCUUAUUACCACUCUAGCCCAGAAAAGUCCAGAGGACUUCAAAACAUCCAUCUCAUUAGCGGUGGCCAGGCUCAGUAGGAUUGUGACUUCCGCAUCCAUCGAUCUACAGGACUAUACAUACUACUUUGUUGCUGCACCGUGGUUGUCUGUGAAAUUGCUGCGCCUGCUACAGUGCUACCCUCCACCUGAGGAUGCAGCGCUGCGAAGUCGUCUGACAGAGUGUCUGGAGACCAUCCUCAACAAAGCCCAGGAGCCACCCAAGUCCAAGAAGGUCCAGCACUCCAACGCCAAGAACGCUGUCCUGUUCGAAGCCAUCGCCCUCAUUAUCCACCAUGACAGUGAGCCCACCCUGUUGGUACGAGCCUGCAACCAGCUAGGCCAGUUUCUGCAGCACAGGGAGACCAAUCUUCGUUAUUUGGCUUUGGAGAGCAUGUGCACACUGGCCAGCUCUGAGUUCUCUCACGAGGCGGUGAAGACGCAUAUAGAUACCGUGAUCAACGCUCUAAAGACAGAGCGAGAUGUGAGUGUUCGCCAGCGGGCUGUGGAUCUGCUCUAUGCCAUGUGCGACCGCAGCAACGCCAAGCAGAUUGUGGCAGAGAUGCUAAGUUACCUGGAGAACGCCGAUUACUCCAUCAGAGAGGAGAUGGUGCUCAAGGUGGCCAUCCUGGCAGAAAAAUAUGCCGUGGACUACACCUGGUAUGUGGAUACCAUUCUCAACCUCAUCCGCAUCGCUGGUGACUAUGUCAGUGAAGAGGUGUGGUACCGUGUCAUCCAGAUUGUCAUAAACCAAGAUGAUGUCCAAGGCUAUGCAGCCAAGACUGUCUUUGAGGCACUACAGGCUCCCGCCUGCCAUGAGAACAUGGUGAAGGUGGGGGGUUACAUCCUGGGAGAGUUUGGCAACUUAAUUGCUGGCGACUCGCGCUCCAGCCCUUUGGUCCAGUUCAACCUUCUCCACUCAAAGUUCCACCUGUGCUCUGUGCCAACUCGGGCACUAUUGCUGUCGGCGUACAUCAAGUUCAUCAACUUGUUUCCAGAAGUGAAAGCCACGAUCCAAGACGUCCUGCGCUCAGACAGCCAGCUGCGCAACGCUGACGUGGAACUUCAGCAGAGAGCCAUUGAGUACCUGAGGCUCAGCUGCAUCGCCAGCACCGACAUACUGGCCACCGUCUUGGAAGAGAUGCCUCCAUUCCCAGAGAGAGAGUCGUCAAUCCUUGCCAAGCUGAAGAAGAAGAAGGGCCCAGGCAACCUGCCAGCCAUCGACGAUGCCCGCUGGAAUGUCAACGGCAGCACCGAGCACAGCGAGAACACAGAAAGCACAAACAAGUCUCCCCCUUCACUGAUGGCAGACCUUCUUCCUACCAACAGACCUCGCCCUGCCUCCUCUAGUCCCACCUUGCUCUCUACUGGGACCAUGGGUUCCAGCCACCCUUUCACAGACCUGCUGAAUCUGAACUCCACCCCUUCAGCAGGAGCCAGCCUGCUGGUUGAUGUCAUGUCCGACAUCUCCACCCCUGCACCCAUUAAUGUGUCUGAGGACAACUUUUCAAGGUUUGUUUGUAAGAACAACGGCGUUAUCUAUGAGGACCAGCUGUUGCAGAUUGGACUGAAGGCUGAGUACAGGCAGAACCUGGGUCGUAUUUAUGUGUUCUACGGCAACAAGACCUCUACCCAGUUCCUCGGCUUCUCCUCAUCAGUGACCAGCAGCGACAUGCUCAAGACUCAGCUGAAUGUCCACACUAAGGCAGUAGACCCCACAGUAGAUGGUGGAGCUCAGCUCCAGCAGGUCGUCAACAUUGAGUGUUUGUCAGAUUUCACAGAUGCACCGGUUCUCGACAUCCAGUUCAGAUAUGGUGGAACUCUACAGAAGAUUGCAGUGAAACUCCCUGUGAUGCUGAAUAAGUUUUUUCAGCCUACAGAGAUGACAUCCCAAGACUUCUUCCAACGCUGGAAACAGCUUGGAGUUCCUCAGCAAGAGGUUCAAACAAUCUUCAAAGCCCAACACCCAAUGGACACAGAUGUGACUAAUGCCAAGAUCUUAGGUUUCGGUGUAGCUCUGCUGAUCGGGGUGGAUCCCAAUCCUGCGAACUUUGUUGGAGCUGGAGUCAUUCACACUAAGAACACUCAGGUGGGCUGCCUCCUCAGACUGGAGCCCAACACACAAGCACAGAUGUACCGUCUGACCCUGCGGACCAGCAGGGAGUCCGUGUCUCAGAGACUCUGUGAUCUCCUCUCUGACCAGUUUUAGACUCUGCACAGCGCCAGCAUUUCUACACCUUAACUCACCAUGUCUCACGUUAGAUAGGAUUUGAUGUAUUGUACAGUGUAAAUUCUUUUUUAUUUUUUUUUUAUUUUACUUCCCAUAAAUGUAAAUGAAGUGAAACGUAUUUUCCCGCACAUAGCUUUACUAAUAUAACCUACCUUUGUGUACUCCCACUGAGCACCCUGGCCGACAUGAUGCAGACGGCGCGUACGGCUCUGAAUGCAUCGCCGCGGUGUUGUGCAGCUCCAGACUGGGGAACCGUUAUGAAAUGACAUGUUUUUUGCUGCUUGGAUACUGCCUUUUGUUAAUCAAACAUUUUGAAGAGUGAGAUUGAGAAAAUUUUCAGUAGGUUUGUACACUUACCAACAGGAAAUUCAGUUGUUGUGAGUGUUUCAAACCAAUUUUCUCAACUCCUCACCCAUUUUGCACUGGUUUGGUGAAAAAUGUAAUGACUAAAGUAGAUCAGAUAGAUUAAGAGAAUUUUUACUUCACCUUUAAAAUUCUUUCACGACUUUUAAACGUCUGUCAUCUCAGGAGGAAAAGCAAAGCUUUGCCGUAUGGUAUAUUGUUAAUAAAUACCAGACUUUGGAUGCCACAAUUUUUGGGACGUUUUAAACUACUUUGCGUAUAAAGUUUCCACGUAGGAUUCAGGCACUUCAAUAAAAUGGCACUAAAAAAAAUCAAUAUAGAACACUAGUUAGCAAAUGGUGUUAGUUAUUGUCUGAUUUUACUUCCAGAAUAUUUCCUUAACUCCACACAGUUGUGCCUGUGAACCUUUUGUUAUUCUGUCAACCGAGAGCCUUCAAAUGACAAGAGUAAUAUUAUAUAAUUAUAUAUAAAUGUAGCACUGUCACACUACUUUCACCUAAAUGCAUUUAUUUACUUAACACUGCCAAACUGGUAAUAUCUGUUUCAACAACGUAUGGUAAAUUUUUUUAUAUAAUGUACUUGUAUCCUAAUCAUUGAUGGCAUAUUCAUGCUUAGCGUAAAGGUAAAAAAAAAAA